CUCCCAUGCCUCGUGCAGCAGUGCGCUCGCGGAUGUACAUAGUCAGGUUUCCAGUGGGGUUGCAUGAAUAGCGGCGUCUGGACCCCGAGAGAGACCAGCCCUAUAGCCAGCAUUAACUUCGAUGCUUGGAAUUCGGAAAUUUUUGUGCAAUUCGGGCGAUUUUGAUUUUUUAUAUUUAAAUCAUUUUCAUUGAGUUUUUCUUUAAGUUAGAGAGAAAACAAUCGGUUCGACAUAUGCAAGAUGGUUUUCUCUUCUAUACUUCUGCUGCUUUUGGCCAUAAGUGCUUCGGAGCCCAGAAAUAUCCUUUGGCCAAAUGGAGAUGGUCCGCUAACGGCUUUGGAGAGGACACCCGAUGAUACGGCAGGCGAUUUGUCUACCGAACCUGUUGGGCUUACCUCGCAAAAUAAUUUUAUUCCAACCGAGAGUUUCGAAAAUGAUGAUCAUUCAGAUACAAGCCACAAGAGAGUUCCACGGGGCGCAAAAGGUGGAAGCACCAAAAAACGGGACCCACAAACACCUUUCAGCUACAGGUAUCCGCGGCCCUACGAACCAAAUGAUUACUUCACCACCCCAACAACGAUCCAGCUGUCCAACGCCACAUAUAAUAUGGAUGAUACUGGAGUAACUGGCCAUGGUACUGGAGGUUCUUUGACAGAGAGCAGCAAUGUCACGACAAGGGGCAGAAUUCGUAUUCGCAAUCCACUGUAUCCGCUGACGGAGAGGUCGUAUAGCGCCUACGCAGUGAUGUUUCUCUCGCUCAUCGUAUUCGCUGUGGGCAUAGUAGGGAACCUCGCGGUCAUGUGCAUCGUGUGGCACAACUACUACAUGAAAAGCGCAUGGAACUGCAUCCUGGCGAGCCUGGCCUUUUGGGAUUUCUUGGUACUAUUCUUCUGUCUGCCUGUGGUCAUCUUUAACGAACUCACCAACAAACGGCUUCUAGGAGACUUUUCAUGUAGAACCGUGCCCUAUAUGGAGGUGACGUCCUUGGGCGUGACCACGUUCAGCCUGUGCGCCCUGGGCAUCGACCGCUUCCACGCGGCCACCAGCGGGCAGCCCAAGCCGCGGCAGGUGGAGCCGUGCCGGUCCAUCCUGGCCAAGCUGGGCGUGAUCUGGGUGGGCUCCAUGCUGCUGGCCGUGCCCGAGCUGCUGCUGUGGCAGCUGAGCCCGGAGGUGUCCGAGGCGGCCGGAGGCCUGGUGGACGCCUGCUCCAUGCGGCUGUCCCCGGGCCUGCCCGAGUGGCUCUCCUCCCUGGUGCUGACCUACCACGACGCCCGCACCUGGUGGUACUUCGGCUGCUACUUCUGCCUGCCCGUCCUGUUCACCCUGGCCUGCCAGCUGGUGACCCGGCACAUGGCGGGGGAGUCGGCCGGCGGCGAGCAGGACGGCCGCGCGCACCACGCCUCGCCCAAAAAGCAGCAGGAGCAGGGCCGGAAGAGGGGCCGGCAGCUCAACUGCACGGUGGUGGCGCUGGCGGUGGUGUACGGCAUCUGCGCCCUGCCGGAGAACGUGUGCAACAUCGCGCUGGCCUACGCCUCCACCCCCGUCUCGGGCUCCACCUACGCCCUCCUGAGCCUCAUCAACCAGUUCUUCCUCUUCUUCAAGUCGUCGGUGACGCCCGUGCUGCUGCUGUGCCUGUGCAAGUCUCUGGGCCAGGCCUUCAUGGACUGCUGCUGCUGCUGCUGCGAGGAAUGCCUGCCCGACACCGCCCACCCCGGCGGCCUGGCCGAGGGCAAGCACAAGAGCCCCGGCGAGAUGUCGCCCUCCAUCUUCUUCGACAAGGCCAAGGACAGCUCCUCCAUUUUGGCUAUCGGCACCAACUGCUGAAGGAGCAUCGCUAUAGCGACAGCACCUGCUCGCCGGGUGACAUCAUAAUACCACUACACCUGCUCACCAGGUGACAUCAUCGUUCCAGUGUACUUGUCCCCACAACUCUUCCUUCUAGGACCUCCCCUUGCCCCCCCCCCCCCCCCCCUUCAGGAAGAAAAGCCAGAACUGUGCAGCCCCAAAAUGGGUGGGCAGAUUUCAGGCUGGAUUUCCCUCUCUUCCCCCUCCUGAAAAAUGAAGCCUCCAGAAACAUGUUCUUCCCAAUAAAUUUGCACAGUCAGACGGCGGCCAUUUUAGAGGAAACCCAAACAUGCCUGGCAGGGAAAGAAGUUAAAAGGGCUCUCGGUAAUCAAAUAUGCCAUCAAAUAUAGUCAGUUAUAUUGCAGUCACAUUAUAUUCCCCCUCCAUAUAUUAUAUUUCAGUUAUAUUCUUGAUUUUGAUAACUAUUGUAAAAAAAUUAAAAAAAAAUCCUUACCUAACUGGGAAAUGACUGAGAGUGCAACAUUGUUCAAGGGAGAAUAGCACUGAUGAUGUCACUGAUGACCAGCUGAGCUAGCCCGUCUCCUGUUUGACCGCCGUGCCGUUUGCAUCAGGGAAGCGUCGUUACCCUCCAGCCAUGGCAGCCCCUGCCUGUGGCGGGCGGCCCACAGAGGCAGGUCCUCCUGCUCUGUCCAUCAGGGAACGCUUGUGCAUAAAAUGGUGCCCGGCAGACAGGGUCAUUCAGUGUAAUUUCUCAUUUCCAUCUUUGGUUUAGAGAACUCAUCUUCCAGUACAAUAACGCAAUAGAAUUCACUUCAUUGACUUACAGCGGACAUCCAUUUAUACAGGCAUAGUCAAUACAAUAUGAAUACAAUAUUAUGAAAAGAGAGCUACAGUCUCUACCUUCGAUUAAAACAUCACAGGCAAUAUGAAUAGUGUUGCGUUAAUGAACAGGGAGGUCAAAUUCUGCAAAUUUGUUAACAUUUAACAUCUAAAAUAUGAAAAAAUAUGAAUAUCUGAACAUAUUUAACUUUUUUUUUACAAUUUUUUCUUUGGUUUGUUUUCUGUUAAUGAUAGACCUUUGCCACAAUUUAUCCGAAACAGCAUAUUUUAAAGUUUGAAGCAAUCAAAAUAGCUAACAAUUGGCUAACAGUUAUUUUUCACAAAAUGCUCAUUUCAAAGUUUAUAUUCAGCCAAAGUAAACUGAACUUCAUCAUGUUUUCAUCUUCUGACAUUUGCAGAUGGCAGUUUUAAAAAACUAUUUUGCAUAUACAGUUGCCAUAAUAUAAACUGCAUUGAUACAAAGGGAAACUAGACCCUAAUGAUUUCCAUCGGAAACACACUCUUUGAUUCAGCUAUGCAGUGCAAUGAUGUUCAGAGUGGAUGUGGCCACCCCAGAGACAUAAAACACAUCACUUGGGCAGAUGUUGUAUUUGGUGCAUUUUGUUUUACCACAUCAUUGAUAAACAGCAGACCUGGGUCAAAUACAUCAUUGUUUUGGAUUCAAAUACUUUUCUUCACUUUACUGAGCUUGUCUUGUGUAUUGGAACCUGUGGAAUACUCUCAACAAGCGUAAACCCCACCUUUUGGUGCUCUUGGCUCAAUUACACCAGGCAAGAUCAAUUGAGCAAAGAAAAGUAUUUGAAUCCAAAAGAAUUACAUAUUUGGCCCAGGUAUGUGGCCCAAUGCUGACUUUCUAGGCUUCCCUACACGACGGGGAGAGAGCUGCACUCGACAGGAGACAUACUGUGAAUCAGUUUAUUAUUCUGUGACUUUGCACAUCUACUAAUUUACUGCAUCGAAUUGACACUGAAUUUACAUUCAUCAAGAAUUUCUAUAGUGCUUUAUUAUGUGGCAAGUAUUUUUUGAAAAUGUGUAAUUAAGUGCAAGCAAUGACAGGUUAUCGGGUUGAAAAGGUUAUUGUUAUUGUUAUUGAUAUUGUUAUUGAUGCAGCAAAAUACACAUUAGCAAAGGAGUGGAGAAACGGCUAGCCAACUCUGCAGAAAUAACCACCCGAUUGACGUUUCAUCGUCACGCUGAAAGUCCUGUCCCAGCUGCAAUGUUCCAUAUCCAGGGAGCGACUGAACAUUGCUUAAAAACCUUUCAACUUUAAACAUUGUUCUUUUGCUUUCAAAUAGGUGCUGUGUAAGCUAAGCAUUAGAUUAACAGAAUGUAUUUCUAUUCUUAAUCUAGGAAAGGUUUCAAGGUUAAGAGAACGGGAGAGGCAAUUUAGCAGAUUUUUGAGCCAAGAAAACAAUGUAAAUAUAUUUUUAUAGAUUUUAACAUGAUAGAUGUAUUUUUUUGAACAUAUAAAGAUACAGUAUGUCGUUUGAGAAAAUGUACAAAACAAGAAUAGGAUGCCUUUAGAGCUUACAAUGUUAUGCUAUUGUCCUUAAAUCUUCCCAAUAAAAUGUUUAAUUUA